ACACACACUCAGCACAAACAGAAACGAAGCAGAGAGUCAGUGAGGUCGGUCAGUAAUGGCGGGAAGCGACGCAAGGAAGCACCUCAUGAACUUGAUUCACGACUUCACCUCCGAGAAGUCUCAGGGAGAGCGAAGAGUGGUCGGCCUGAGGAAGCGAAUCGAAGAGCUUACGUCAGAGCUUGAGGUCAGAAAUGCGGAGCUCGAAGAGGCCAAGCGCAUCAAGGAGUCGAUUGAGCAAGAGGUUCGAGGCUACGAAGUUGAAUUGGCUAUGAAUGAAGCUACGAUUCAAACGCUGGAGUCCAGGAUUUCGCUGACGCAAGAGGAGGUUUCGGCAGUUGGAUCUGAAUUGGAAGCUCUUAAGAACAAAGAAGCUGCUGCACGAGAUGAGUUCAUAAGCCAGAUGUUUGAGCUCAACUCUAAGAUAAGGGAGUUCCAAGAGUCAAUUGCUGCGAAAAUUCAUGAGGAGAAUUAUAUGGAAAUUGAAGCUGGUGAUGAUGGUCAUGAACUAAUAAGGGAGGAGGUCUGUGAGGUAUCUUUAAGAGAACUUGAGGAAAUGCUUGCCUGUGUUGUAUCUGAGACAGCUAAAGUUGAAGAAGAAUACAAAUCAGAGCAGAAUAUUCAAAAGCAGGUCCAGCAGGAGUUGAUUGAUCGUGAAAGGAAGGUAUUCCUGAUGGAAGAGACAUUGAACACAACAAAGGAAUUGCAAGACUUGACUAGAUAUCCUUUUCAAGAUUGCAGUGGUUACCAAAAUUCUUCAAUUUUUGAGCACUAUUUACUCCUCUAGAACAUGGAACAUUCACAACCCAAAGAAAAUCAUUGUUCUUGUAUAUAAAUUUAGUGAAUCAGAGCUGAAUAAGUUCAAGCUAUUCCAUUCAUAUCUAUAAUGACAGUGAGAUC